GCGGACCUCGGUGAAGACAGCGAAGAUAUGACCGCCAGUGACCCUGUGUGGUAGCCACCGACCCCCCUCACCUUCGCCUACACGUACACGUACUGUUUAUUUGUUUUUGUUCACCCCGUAAGCAGAUUCCGAGCCAGCUAGGUGACUUAGCUCCGCCUGGUCUUCGAGCAGAGCAGAGCCGCGUCGUCAUUAAGCCGGCCAGCGCGUGGCUCGGCUCGGCUGUAAUCUCGCCCAAAGCCGCUCGUCUUUCCGAGACAUAUGGACCAGGCCAAGCCGAUGAUGGACCAGAAGGGCUCCUCCGGUCCGUGCUGCGCAAACGGACUGCACAAGGCGUUUCGGUCCCAGCUGAGCAAUGGAGGUUCGCACAGCCCAAGCGGCGGCGGCGGCAGUCAUGACGGUUACCACCACCUUCACUACGACCCCCAGACGAACGGUACAAACGGGUCCCCCGCCAAACGGUGUCGGCUACGGAGACGGCUGGACUCGCUGAGGAAGAACAGACCACCCUUCCCCUGGUUUGGCAUGGACAUCGGUGGCACUUUGGUCAAGCUGGUCUACUUUGAGCCCAAGGACAUCACGGCAGAGGAGGAGCAGGAGGAGGUGGAGAACCUGAAGAGCAUCCGCCGCUACCUCACCUCCAACACGGCCUACGGCAAGACGGGCGUGCGAGACGUGCACCUGGAGCUGCGCAACCUCAGCAUCUGCGGCCGCACGGGCACGCUGCACUUCAUCCGCUUCCCCACGGCCGCCAUGCACCGCUUCAUCCAGAUGGGCCGCGACAAGAACUUCUCCAGCCUGCACACCACGCUCUGCGCCACCGGGGGCGGGGCCUACAAGUUCGAGAGCGACUUCAGGACGAUGGCUGAUCUGGAACUGCUGAAGUUAGAUGAGUUGGACUGUCUGAUCCACGGGCUGCUUUAUGUGGACUCGGUGGGCUUCAACGGCCAUCCGGAGUGUUACUACUUUGAGAACCCUUCCGACACGCAACACUGCGUCAAACGGCCCUGCAGCCUGGACAACCCCUUCCCCAUGCUGCUGGUCAACAUCGGCUCAGGGGUCAGCAUACUGGCCGUUUACUCGAAAGACAACUACAAACGGGUCACCGGAACCAGUCUUGGUGGAGGGACGUUUUUGGGGCUGUGCUGUUUGUUAACGGGCUGCGAAACGUUCGAGGAGGCUCUGGAAAUGGCCAGUAAAGGGGACAGCACCAAUGUGGACAAACUGGUCAGGGACAUCUAUGGUGGAGACUACCAGCGAUUCGGCCUGCAGGGCUCGGCCGUGGCCUCCAGUUUUGGUCACAUGAUGAGUAAGGAGAAAAGGGACACCAUCUCCAAAGAAGACCUGGCCAGAGCAACGCUGGUCACCAUCACCAAUAACAUCGGCUCCAUCGCGCGCAUGUGUGCCGUCAACGAGAAAAUCGAGAGAGUGGUCUUUGUGGGGAAUUUCUUGAGGAUAAACACGGUGUCGACGAAGCUGCUGGCCUAUGCAAUGGACUUCUGGUCUAAGGGACAACUGAGGGCGCUCUUCCUGGAACAUGAGGGGUACUUCGGAGCGGUUGGUGCGUUCCUGGAGCUACUGAAGUCGUCUGAGGACCCCUGAGAGGAAGUCUGUCCUCGUAUAAAAUUGAAAAGCUGCUCAAAGGUUUUCUCGUGAAAACCCCCACAGGAAUAUGGGAAUUCUGGGAACUACUGGGAAAAGCCAUGAUAGUAAUUUAACUAUAAAGAACCCUGAAAUGAUCCCGACCUGCUUUUAUUGUAAGAUAAGAUGUUUUUAUGACUAAUUUAGACUCCCUCAGUCUGAUGAUUGUGUUUUCUUUUUUUGUAUAUAGAUGUGUGUUUAGAGUCUAGAAUGAAUUCACUGAUGGCCAAAUCCUGUCGUGGUGAAACCUCCUGCUUUAUGGCUAGACAGCUCAGAACUAAACCAGCUUUUUUUAAACCUGUUUUUAGAUAAGCUAUAGGUACGUGAUCAUUUCCUGUGGUCCAAGUUUGGAGUUGAACUAAUCCAGGCUUAAAAGAGAAGUCCGGUCAGAUACGGGACAUAUGGAAUAGAGCCUGGGUCAACUCUGAAAGCCUGUGUGUGUUUGUAUCUGAGUCUUGAGCUUUAGUAAAAGUCUUGGUGCAGCUGGCAGGCCAGUUUUGGUACUGUAACAAUGACACGUUAGAUCUACAGUUCUGUCCUACAAAAACGUAGCUUUCUGUGAUCUUUGCUUUCGUUUGGAAAAAUCAGAUCCUGGCUUGAGAUGCAGAUAUACUGUAGUGUGAGGGUUAACACUGAUUAAACAUGUUCUCUUUAGGGAUGCACGAUAAAUCGGCAUACCAAUAAUUGUGGAGAGUAUUAUUAUUAUCGGUCCGAUACUGGAAUUACCAAUAAUCGAAACCAUUGGCGGCCUAUCUUUGCUCGCAUGUAUAGUCACUUGUGGAGGGUAUAGUGUGAACUAGUUGUAAAAUGAUCGAUAUCAGCCAAAAGAAGGUUAAAUAUCAGUUAUUAUUAAUGACCCAGAUCAGUGCAUCCCUAAUUCCGAUAGGACUGGGACCUGUACCCACCUCAGUAUAGAAUGGGGCCUUUUUUGUAUGUCCCUCUUCCUUUAACCUUUCCUGUUUUCUACCUUUCUACUUUUCUUUCUCACCUUUUCAUUAGACCUUUUUCAUGCCUUUGUCAAAUGAGAAACAUCAAUUUUUGUGCUUAUUGCAGUCGAAUUACAUCAGGAAUUGACCCGCCGACGUGCGCAAAGCCUUUAGUUUUCUUGUGAGAUGGCAUACAGCCUCAGCUAGAGCUGCUCAAAUGUGAAUAAUUUUGGUCAAAGAUAUUUAAGCCAGUCUUUGGCCUUGUGGCAUCAGAUGUUCACCAGUGUAUUUUUGAUAUAUUGCAACUGGGUAAUCGUGAUGUCCCAUAUUUUGCCCAUAUUAUGCAGCUCUAGUGUUAGUCUCACAAUCUCGUAACGAGAACACACGUUGGUAUUGGAUUGCAGUGAAAUCUACUGUAAAACAAGGGUGCGUCCCCUUUAAAACCUGCCCCCAAAUUCCUCUAGUUUGUGCUGAUAUAGUACAAUUAAUAACACAAGCAAAACAAGCAAGCUAGCAAAGAGCAUCGUAUACUAAAGCUUAAACACCCCUGGUCAAAUGACAUGUUUUCUUUAUCUUCUAAGUGAAAAUAAGUGAACACACCUGUACAGGAAACAUUCAAAUGUGGCAUUUUCAGCCAAUUUUAGUACAUAGUUUGUGCGGUUUUUUAAUAUUGGGAAAAAAAUUGAGUUUUUGAUUUUGGAAAAAAUAAAACAUAAAAUAUAACAUGGGCUAUAACUUUUGCACAAGCUCCAUUUUAUGUUUUAUUUUUUCCAAAUAUGUUAAAUUCAGCAAAUGACCAGGAUUUAUGCCUUAAAUUAAAGUUUUUUCCACUAAGAAAAUCAAUAUAACUGUCAUUUGACCGAGGAUGCCCAUACUUUUGCGCAUGACCAUACAUGCUUGAAUUUUUAUUUUUGGGUGAACAUUUUGUCUUGUGGUUAUACUAACAUGGGCUUGUUGUGCGUCUGACGGUGCUGACGAGCUCUACUUUGAGCUUCGUCUUCACAGUGUGUUGAAUUGGUUUAGGAAUUUGUUCCUGCCCCAGUAAAUCUGCAUUUCCACCCAAAAUUUCUAAAGGUUGUUCCAAGAUGUUCUCGUUACGAGACCACGUCUGGCCCCGUGAGACUACCCUAAACCCAACUGAUCUGACAGUGGUCUCUUUUCAGGAAUAGCUUGACCAAAUACGUUAAUGUGGCUAACUCUGGAUACAAGCUUGAGCCACCAGUUAGCAAUUGAUCAUCUCCAAAAUGCCACUUCUUGGCUGUUUGCUAUCAUUCAUGUUCAGCAACAUUAGCCUUUUUGACUGGACUACUCCUUUAAGGUGGGACCAAGCUGCCAACAGCUUCCUUCCGAUGGCACCGCACCUCCUGUGCAAUGCCUCCUCCUUCACGUGCUUGAUAGAACGCGUUGUCCAGAAAGCUUUAUCAGACACCACGGCAGAUGUUUUUGUAUGUGGUCGAAUGCAGUGCAGAGGCUUAAUUAUAAAUGGGGCAGAUGCCAAAAAGCUUCAUUUCUACUGCGUUUAUUACGAAGCGGCUCACUCAGCUACUAGAGCCAAUACCCUCAGAUAUCCUCUCGUCUUCCUCAUCUCUAACUGUCGCCUUCUGUGGUUUUGUACCCUUUCUUUUAUCCCUAAACCAAGGCCAGCCUGCAUACACUCUCAUUGUAAGGCCCAAUCCCAUUUCUUCUUUUUACCCCUACCCCUUGUUUUCGAGUGUCACCCUAACCCCUUGGAACUGAGUUACAAGGGGGUAGUGGUUUAAAUCUUGCCCUACAAAAUGGGACCCUCAAAUUAAAAAAAAAAAUCAACAUUACUUCAUUAACAGCUACCAGCGCUGCUCUGUAGGCGACCUGGUCCGUCUUCAGUGACAGCAGAGGAGGGUAAAGUUCAGCUCCUCACUGCUGGGCUUUAGUUACAUUUAGGGCAUCAUAUGCCUUUAAAGAGGGGGACAAUUAUGUAUUAUCGCCCACGUGGUAGGGGCGAGGGGUGAAAUGGGAUUGGGCCUAAAUGUCUACGAAGCUUUAGAGAUGUCAACAAUAUGAUGACUUAUGGAUUUUUCACUUUUUACUCUACCUUAACCCAGUUCUUUCCUCUGUAUGCCUUUAUUCUGUACAUUAUUUACAUUGAACUCUCUUCUGAUGUUACUCAGUUUGAAUUAGACGCCUACUGUCAUGCAAAUGUUUGGGCAGCCCUGGUCAAACGACAUGCUUUGUUAAUUUUCUAAGUGAAAAUAAGUCAAAAAACACACUUCUGCACACUUAAAUGGACAAUUUUGUUUAUGUGCUCAGUUUACUCAAAACAGAACACGGAUUUUUGCUUUGAAAACAAACAAAGUAUGUAAUGUGGUCAGAGCUGUUCAGACUGAGGCUGUUAACCACUGUGUUAUCAUUGUAGCCUAUAAUACUGCAGCCUAAAGGAGGCUAAAAGGAACCGACCGUUGUUUCUAGAGAAAUGCCAAAAUGUGGUAUGUGGUAAACCGUUCAUAAGAAGGCCUGUCCGCUGGUGACCUCAGUGAAACUCGACUUGAAAGUCGUUUGAGUAAAAUUGAGCGCGCUGACAUGUUGCUGCUCACAACUAUGAACAGGAAACUCCAUCCGUUUAGAAUUAAAGUAGAAUUUUUAAUAUUAUUUCUGCAAGAUUGAAUAGUUGAGAUGUAAACUGGAUCAGAGUGGUUUGAUGUGAAACGCUCUGUUCUUGAGAAACUUGCCAACUCAGGAGUUCUUAACAGUGGUGGUGGGAACCAGGGGUCAUAAAAUAGUGGUAAAUCUAAAAAGUAUGUUUUCUCUGGGGGCUAUUUUGCCUUAUAACUCCCUGCAUGGCAUCAGUUUUUAAGCCAAUAUCAUGUCACAACCACUGUAAACCAACACCUCAGACAUCGGCUGUGUAUUCGUAACCAUUUCAUGUAAUAUCUGUCUGUUCGGGAGCUUUUAGGGACAAAUAAAUGCUCCAGACAUCUGGUUCCCAUCACCAUCACUGUGAACAAUUGUACCCGGUGAGUUUCUCUAGAACGGAGCAUUUCACAUCAAACCGCUCUGAAUGACUCUGUUUACAUCUCAGCCAUUUAAUUAUGCAGACAAAUUGAAAAAUUAAUGGAAUUCCUCUUUAGAGGUCUAAUCAGUUUCAUGUGGGCCUUUGUAAACAGUUUCUCAUCUGCUCUGGUUGCCUUCUCUGUGUAUCCAUUCUCUUCAAGUCCGCAAUUGUCUUCUCUUUCUUUUUUGUUGUUGUUUUUGUUUUCUUUUUUUGGGUAAAGCAGGUCCUGCUGUGUUCCAUCUGCAUUUGUAACCCAUUUUAGUUUGCCCUGUUCCCAUGAAAUGCUCUUCCGUGCUUUUUUUUCCCCUUUACUUUGUUUUUUUUUUUAAAUCAUUUUUAAUGUUUAAUGUCAAGGUUCUGUUUCAAAAACUCUUGAGAUUACUCUGGCAUUACUUUUUGCACAAAUACAGAGAUUAAUAUAAGUGCUGUAUUUUACAUGAAGACUCUACCUGACAGACGAGAAGUCCCUUUCACCUAAAUGUCUGGUUUCCUUUUGUUUAUUUUUCAGUUUUUAUGUGAGAUUUCAGAUCAUACUGUGUGUUUUUAAUUUGCAUGUGUGCACUUAAGGAAGAAAUGAAACUUUUAUGAACUGCUAAAUGUGUCUAUGUUGAUAUCGGACAGUGUUUUGUUGACCUUACAUAACUAGCAUUAAAUGACUAUGCUAGAAAUCAUGGUCAGAAUCUA